UCCUAUCACACAGCUCUAAUCUGAUUCCCGCGCCUCGUCACCGACGUUCUGAUUCGAAAAUAAUAACAACGCACACACACACCAGUCGGCGAUGUGACAACUCGCCACUCGCCAAUCCUAGGACCCUGCGAUGUUGUAAAUUUAGGAGCAAGAAAAAUACCAAGGAAAUAAAGGGCUACCAAAACCAGUUUUCUAGUACAAGCAGUUAGAUGGUUUGAUCUUCAAAACCCUUUAAAUUGAAGUCAACACCGAAGAUGUCAGUGACUGACCCACUUUUAAAAGACCUGAAAGGUCACGCUGCCAAAUUGCUCAUCACCUUUUCGACGGAAGGGCGUAUCACAGAUUAUGAUCCUUCCCUUCAACCUUUUUGCGAGAUCCUGGAAAAGAUUUUCCAGCAGGGUCUCAACGAGUCUUUCCAAAUUCAAACACCAGAGUGCUGGAUUUGGUUGGAAAAUGUCGCUAGUCCUCACCACAAGACUUCAUUCGCAUAUAGCUCAUCAGUUUCCAAGGCUAAGAACACAGCUCGAGUGCUGACCGACCGAGGCCGCUUCCGACUCUUAGCUCGUCUUUGCCUCUCCAAGGGCGUUCUGCACCAUCCUGUUGAGAUCAUGCUGGAAAAUCAGGCUCAGUGGGGAACCUACAAGACUAACUCAAUUCUUGGCGACGAGAUAUUAGGCCAAAUCUUCCUCUCCGUGUUGCUGCAGUGUGGCAAACUUAAGUUUGAUCUCAACCUGAGCAAUGCUCUCUUUCUCGACGAAACCUGGAUGCUGCCGGCUUUUGAAAAUCUUGAGUUUGUGCCCUGCAAACAACUUGGGCUUGUUGUAGGUUUCACUGGAAGAAAAGGAGCUGUCGUUGUCAAAGCCCAAAGUUCAGGAGUCGCUGCUGAGGACGACAAAGUUAUGGUUGGUGACGUCGUGACUGAAAUUAACGGCAUGGAAAUCACGAGCGCAAUGCGGACUAAACUUGGCUCAAUUAUGAAGCAGGCAGAGGGUCAGCCAAUCCAACUGAGUGUUCUACGGGCGAGGCAGACUGAUGGCAAGAUAUUCCCUCCGAUCCAGAGGCUGUUACUUCGUCUGGGCCUGCGCCUUGAAAUUGUUGAUAGAAACAGGCCGAAGAGCAAGGAAAAGCAGGAUAACGUGAUUGGAUUUCCGGUUGAAUACAUGGGCUCUGUAUUGGUGGGGGCCCAAGGAGACGUAAGCAAGGUUUGCACGGGCAUCACUAAAAUUGUCGCAGAACCACAAACCAGCUUCAAGGUACAGAUGGAAAUUCUAGAGAUGGGCGUCAAAGUGACUGCCACUGGUACUAAUGAGACAAUUUGUAACCAUACAUUUAUGGAGAUUUCCUCUUGCGGAAAAUAUGAGCGACUACCCGAAUACUUUGCCUACAUAGCAGGAGAUACAACCAGUUGCAACACAUCCAGUGAGUUCUGUUGCUUCAUAUUUCGGUCUGGAAACCAUGAGGACAUAGCAAACAUUUUAUACAGCAUUGCGCAAGGCUUCCAACGUACACACUGGGCGGUGUAAGUCAGCUCCUAGGCUUGGUGCAAUGUCGUCUCUCGCACUCCUGCUCCUGUUCUUGGCUGCAAACACUAUCGAUGGAGCGCGGGAUAAACCUAACAUCCUUUUGCUCUUGGCCGACGACAUGGGCUGGGGCGAUUUGGGAGUCAAUUUGCCCCACCUGCCAUCAAACACUCCAUUUCUUGAUAAACUUGCAAACAGCGGUAUCAGGUGAUUCCAAAACUAUCAUUGAAUUCAAGGAUCUCAAACAAUGUGUUGAAAUAUGUUGAAUUAAACUCAAUUUUCUCUCUUUAUAUAUGCUAUAUAUUUUGUUUUGAUUGGUUGUAAAAUAUUUCCUGAAUUACGUCUGGUGUAAGAUAUGUUGAAAAUGUAUAGUGCAAUCAUUCAGCACCCCAGGAAUAUAAAUAUUGGGAGUCUUCUAUGAAGACAAGACAUGCUACGUAAUAAUAUGAGUACUGAUGUCCUGUUUAAACAUUUCUUUUAAUUUAUGAAAUAAAAUUUCA